AUGGCGUACUACAGCAAGAAAGCCUGGAUGUCUCCGGAGGCGAGAGAGAACGAAAAAUACCAUGUAGUCAUGAACUCCAUGCGGCGGCUGUUUCCGAAGUCCGAGGUUGCUAAAAUGGACAAAACCAAGUGGCUGGCGCACAGGCAAGCUGUCGUCGAGGCCCACACUAAGCAGCUCGAACGUGCCGUCAAGAUCAAAGAGGAGGUACUAAGCAAGGGCGGACAACAGCCAAUUCCGAACCGCCUGAAAGAGAAGGAAUUUCCGGAGAAUCAUGGCGUUGUGCUCUGCGAGAAGACUAUUUGGUGCCCCAAGUGGCAACUCAAGGAGGAGGUAGCACCUUGGCCAACGCUGCCGGAGAUGAAGUGGGAGGGAGACGACAGAGCGAAGACAACUGUGGGCCGGUUCCUCCCUCUUCCACGCGAGCCUGGUAGUGCUGCCGUGGCCUGGCACAACCUUCGUGUCCUUCCCGCCUGGCCUUUCGACGACGUCCGCAAGAUUCCCACCCUCGAAGACAUCCUGCUCCCGGUCGAUGAGAUCGACGAAGACAUCGUCCCAGAUCUUCUCAACUCCGAUCUAUUG